UCUUCUCUAACCUAGAGAUAGUAGCAAAAUAUUGAAACACACCAGACACGAGGGAAACGAAAGGGGUAAAUCAAUUCUUCCAACAAAUCGCAAAAGCUAUAAUUUCCACUAGAAUCGAUUCCAAGGUGAAUAAUCGCGUUUUUGUAACUAAUUCGCUACCAAACAAUCCUUAACCACCACCAUGUCCUCCGCCAAAUCCCGCAAUUUCCGCCGCCGAACCGACACAAACUCCGACGACGACACUCCUACCACCGUCCCUUCCAAACCCUCCGCCCCUAAACCUAAAAAACCCCCCAAACUUCUCAGUUUCGCCGACGACGAAAUCGACGCCGAUAACGAAACCCCUCGUCCACGCUCCUCCAAACCCCACCACCACCGCCCCAAACCCUCUUCUUCCUCCUCUCACAAAAUCACCACUCACAAAAACAGAAUAACUUCACAUUCUCCUUCACCUUCACCUUCCAAUGUUCAACCUCAAGCUGGUACCUACACCUUAGAAGCACUUCGUGAGCUUCAGAAGAAUACAAGAACACUAGUCACUCCUACAACCGCUUCUCGUCCUAUUUCAUCUGAACCCAAACCUUCUUCUGAACCGGUUAUCGUUUUAAAGGGUUUGCUUAAACCGGUAACGUCUGAACCGGAGUCAGAUUCUGAAGAAAACGGGGAAUUUGAGGCGAAAUUUGCUUCCGUUGGGAUUAAAAAUGGGAAAGAUUCGUUUUUUCCUGGUGAAGAGGAUAUUAAAGCAGCUAAGGCUAAGAGGGAGAGGAUGCGGAAGGCGGGUGCUGCUGCACCGGAUUAUAUUUCGUUGGAUGGUGGAAGUAAUCAUGGCGCUGCGGAGGGGUUGAGUGACGAGGAACCGGAGUAUAGAGGCCGGAUUGCAAUGUUUGGUGGCAAGAAGGGAGAUGGAGAGAAGAAGGGUGUUUUUGAGGUUGCGGAUGAGAGGUUUGACGAUGUGGUGGUGGAUGAGGAGGAUGGAUUGUGGGAAGAAGAGCAGUUUAAGAAAGGAUUGGGGAAGAGAAGGGAUGAAGGGUCUGCUAGGGUGGGUGGUGGUGGUGAAGUUCCUGUUGUGCAAGCUGCUCAACAGCCCAAUUUUGUCGGUCCUUCUGUUGCAAAUGUGUAUGGUGCAGUCCCAAAUGUUGUAGCAGCAGCAUCGGCGAAUACCAGCAUUGGAGGAGCAAUCCCAGCAACACCGGUUUUGGAUGUCAUUUCUAUAUCUCAACAAGCUGAGAUUGCGAAAAAAGCUAUGCUGGACAAUAUUAGGAGGCUUAAGGAAUCACAUGGAAGAACAAUGUCAUCCUUGAACAAAACAGAUGAAAAUUUAUCCGCCUCCCUUUUGAAGAUAACUGAUCUUGAAAGCUCAUUAGUGGUAGCUGACGAGAAGUACAGAUUUAUGCAAAAGCUCCGAAAUUAUAUCUCGAAUAUAUGCGACUUUUUACAGCAUAAAGCUUACUACAUUGAAGAACUUGAAGAUCAAAUGAAGAAACUUCACGAAGAUCGAGCAUCAGCCAUUUUUGAAAAAAGAGCCACUAACAAUGACGACGAAAUGGUGGAGGUAGAAGCAGCUGUGAAAGCUGCGAUGUUAGUUUUAAGCAGGAAAGGUGACAACGUGGAGGCUGCCAGAAGUGCAGCUCAGGAUGCAUUUGCUGCUGUCAGAAAACAAAGAGAUUUUCCAGUGCAGUUAGAUGAGUUUGGUAGAGAUUUAAAUCUUGAGAAACGGAAACAAAUGAAAGUGAUGGCUGAGGCUCGUCAACGCAGGAGGUCCAAAGCUUUUGAUUCUAAAAAGUCGGCAUCCAUGGAAAUAGAUGAUCAUAAAGUAGAAGGUGAAUCGAGCACUGAUGAGAGUGAUAGUGAGAGCCAGGCAUAUCAGUCACAACGGGAUUUGGUGCUGCAGGCUGCUGAUGAGAUUUUCAGUGAUGCUUCUGAGGAAUAUAGUCAAUUAUCCCUGGUCAAAACAAGAAUGGAAGAAUGGAAAAGAGAGUAUUCGUCAAGCUAUAACGAGGCUUAUAUUUCGUUAAGUCUUCCACUGAUCUUCUCUCCAUAUGUAAGAUUGGAACUCCUGAGGUGGGACCCACUUCACAAGGGAUUAGAUUUUCAAGAUAUGAAAUGGUAUAAAUUGUUAUUCACUUACGGCUUGCCUGAAGAUGGAAAGGAUUUUGUUCAUGAUGAUGGAGAUGCUGACCUUGAGCUUGUCCCGAAUUUGGUGGAAAAGGUUGCACUUCCUAUUCUCCAUUAUGAAGUUUCCCAUUGCUGGGACAUGCUUAGUCAACAAGAGACAAUGAAUGCUAUUGCUGCUACAAAAUUGAUUGUGCAGCAUGUGUCUCGUGAAAGUGAAGCUCUUGCAGGUCUGCUAGUUUCGAUUCGUACACGUCUAGCUGAUGCUGUUGCUAAUCUUACGGUCCCUACAUGGAGUCCACUAGUACUAGCCGCUGUUCCAGACGCUGCAAAAAUUGCAGCAUAUCGAUUUGGUGUGUCUGUUCGACUAUUGAGAAAUAUUUGCUUGUGGAAGGACAUAUUUGCAAUGUCAGUGUUAGAGAAGCUUGCUCUAGAUGAGCUUUUGUACGCAAAAGUUUUACCUCACUUUAGAAGCAUAUCGGAAAAUGUUCAAGAUGCAAUAACAAGAACAGAACGGAUUAUUGAUUCCCUAUCCGGCGUUUGGGCUGGCCCAAGUGUUACUGGAGACAAAAGCCGCAAAUUGCAACCUUUGGUGGCUUAUGUGCUGUCACUUGGAAGGAUUCUGGAGAGAAGAAAUGUGCCGGAGAGUGAUUUAGCUCGUCGAUUAAAGAAAAUACUUGUCGACCUCAAUGAAUAUGAUCAUGCCAGGACCAUGGCCAGAACCUUCCAUCUCAAGGAGGCAUUAUGAGCUUGGGAAUUUUUUGUUUUCGUUAAACAUGGUCUCUUGGUAUGUUGAGGAGUUCGGCCCAGGGUUAGCCUUCUCAAGUGAGUACUUCAGAUAGCCUUCUGGCUUUAUGAGGUGUAUGCUUUAUGAUUUGCAUCUUUCACUCCAAGAGUCAGCUUAGUGUAUGAACUUGCUGGAACAUAUGAAACUUGAGGACCUUCAUCGCUUAAUUUGUCACCACAAAGGGUAUGUCUUACCAAUGACCAAAAAUGCAUAUGUAUCAUCUCACUUUCAGGGGUGCAGUGGGAAUUUUUUUUAUCUUGCCACUUUUUUCUUCCAUUGCUAUAACUGGGAUCCCUGGAGAACAAAUUUUGUAAAAUUUUCGAUUCUCUACUGUGAUUAUUUAGAUUACAUCUGAUACUGAAAUUAAAAUAUGAUAAAACUGUUAUAUAAAGUCUAUUUUGAGUUAAGUUCGAGUGGAGUUUAUUUC